AUGCAAGCUAUUAGAGACCUCAAACACAACUUCAGUAUCCCACCUCCGUCUGCAAUGGCUGGAGCAACAGAUUCCUUUCACCAAGGGAACAUCAGGAUAACUCUGGAGGACCCCGAGCUCUGGAAAUCCUUCCAUGAGAUUGGGACAGAGAUGAUCAUCACUAAGCCUGGCAGGAGAAUGUUCCCCCAUUGUAAGAUAAAUAUUUCAGGACUUGUGCCCUAUGCAAAGUACAUCCUCCUGGUAGACAUCGUGCCUGAAGAUAGCUUCAGAUACAAGUGGAAUAAAGAUAAGUGGGAAGUAGCCGGAAAGGCUGAGCCACAGCCUCCAUACAGGACCUACCUGCACCCAGACUCACCAGCUCCAGGAAGCCAUUGGAUGAAGCAGUCGGUCUCCUUUCUCAAGCUCAAACUCACCAACAAUGCCCUUGACCAGCACGGACAUAUCAUCUUGCAUUCCAUGCAUCGUUAUCAUCCCCGCUUCCAUAUCCUGCAAGCUGAUGACCUCUACAGUGUACGUUGGAGUGUGUUCAAGACUUUCACCUUCCCCGAGACCUCCUUCACUGCUGUCACAGCAUACCAGAACACCAAGAUUACUAAGCUGAAAAUUGACAACAACCCCUUCGCCAAGGGAUUCAGAGAUGAAGGCAUGAACUCAAAAAGACGAACAAACAGAGGUCCGUCUGAUACUGAGCGCCUGGCUAAAAGGCUGAACUCUAUGGUCAGGGACUCAGAUCAAGAUAGCCCACCAGAUUUGUGCCGCUCUUCCUAUGAGGGUCUGGCAGAAGCACGAGCUGGAUGCAAGGAUGGAGUUAAAGAUGAGCCAAAUUCUCCAUGGGAAGGAGCAUCUGAUAGGGAAAACAGUCACAGCCUGGAAAGAGACUCCCCUCUGGGCUCUAAUGCUCGAGACGUAUACAGCUCUGAACAGCUUGUGCCAGGACACAACACAUACCAACCUUACAGAUUUCCUGAUUACAACAAGUCCCCAUCACCAACCUCCUCCAGCAUGAGCAGCAGUGUUGGACGCUCCAGCUUUGAAUCUCGAGUGCCUGACAUCGCUAAUGUGCCUGAGCAGGAAGGCAAAGUCACUGAUCUGGUUGUCCCACAGUGUCCUCACCCUGCUACAGCAGGUGUGCAGGACUAUGCUGGGGUGCUGAACGUAGCCGUGGCACAGGCAAAGCCAGGCAUGCUGGGACAUCAUGCACUCUAUGCACCCUACAGUGCUGAUCAGCCCCUGACCCAGUGGAGCGGGACAAGCUCAGCACAGUACUCAUCCCAUCCACAUCAUCACCACCACUUAGCAGCAGACUAUGGGACACAAGCUGUCCAUCAUGGCUACCACCAUGCCAACAUGGCUGACUGGAGCCAGUACCCGCUCUUCUCAUACUCCUGCUGGUGA